UUGUGUAGAAAAGAAGUGGCUGCAUUCAUUUAGUGCCGAGAUUGGAAGAGGAGCCAAGACAGCAAAAUAUAUAUAGUCAUUUGCCAUGAUGCAGUACUUUGGGUCCAUCACAUCUAUCUUUUUGGUGCUGCUCAGUCUGUGUUCAGCAGAUAAUCCUGGGUUGAAAGUCAAGAUGACUAAAAAGGGCUUGGAUAAGGGAGUGGAAUAUGGAAUGCAUAGUCUGAUCUCACAGUUAAAAGCGACGGCAAUCCCUGCCAUCAAUGGAAGUGUAACCAUGGGAGAGGAUUCAAUGAAUUAUGGAUUUACAGAUACACGAAUUGUGGAUUUUAAAUACUCAAGCAUCUCCUCAACUUUUGUGCCUGGGACGGGCAUACAGAUUUCUAUUCAAGGUGGACGUGCAACACUCAAUAGUAAUUGGGAAGUAACUGGCUGGUUGAUCACUGAUAGCGGUACUUCUAUACUGACGCUGUCAGAAAUGACAGUCACCUUUGUUUUUGGAAUGCGACUCACCGAAUCAAGCAAACCAUCCAUAUAUACUGUUAGCUGCCAGUCAGAUAUUAUUGGAGUAAAUCUCACAAUGGAGGGGGGAGUUGACUAUAUUUACGAUGCUGUUAAAAAGCCAAUGACGAAGAUGAUCCGCAAAGACAUUAACCAGCAGAUGUGUUCAUUGCUGAGAGGACAGAUGCAGCGUUGGGAUGAAUCUCUAAGCAACUUAAAUUUAAAUGUUUCUAUUGAUUUCCUUAUGGGUGUGGAUAUGUCUCUUAUGAAUAACCCAGUAUUUACAGAACAGUUUGCAGAAGUAGAUUCAAAGGCUAUGUUCUACUCAACUGUAAACAAGACCAACACUGUUGUCCCUUCAUCAGCCAUGUCUCUUGAUUGUAAAGCUGAUUCCAUGCUCUGUGCUGGAAUAUCAGAAGCCUCACUGAAUUCCGCCAGCCUUGCUUACUAUUCUGGAGGUGGCUUUUUCUUUCACCUGUCAAGACUCUUUGAUUUUAACGGUAAAAUUAAAUCAAAGAUAUCAGGUCUAUUAACAGAGCUUUCUCAGCGUUUUUCAAAGCCGAAAAUAGAGUUUGUUUCGUUAUCAGCUUCCAAAGCGCCUACCGUCAUUCUGCUACCAAACAAUGCGACAGUGGGAUUUUCUGGGUAUCUUAAUGCUUAUGUCCUACUCCAAAAAUCCAAAAGAGAAAAUCUUUUUACUGCACACAUGGAUAUCAGCGUCAGUGCAAAGUUAUCUUUAUCAGACAGUAAUCACAAGUCUGGACAGAACCUCACCGGAUCUGUAAGUCUAAACAGAUUUGAUUUAAAACUGGAACAGAUUGAGUCAGAGGACAAACAUAGAGAAGAAGACAUUAAGAAGAUUUUUGAAGAGGACUUAAUAACACUGAUAAAUGAGAAACUAAAGGUUGGAUGGAAUAUUCCAUUUCAUUUAGUGAACAAUACGUCUUCAGACAUUAAACAGGGUUUUUUGGUGCUGAACUCGGAUCUGAUCUUUGAAUCUGUGAAAAACAUUUUUUGAUGGCGAAGAAUUUAAUGCCCUCAAAUUUUCAACAAACAGCUUUCAGAAGGAUUUGUACAGGAAUCUAAUAUAAGAAAAACAUUGUGUGCAUCAACAGAAAGCCAUGAACACUAUAGAUACACUAUAAAACACUCAAAUCCAAAUGAAAUAUUUUGUAGCAUUUUUUAAUAUUAAGUUACAGUAUUUAUGUUAAUUAAUAUUUGUGAGACAUAUGGUGUAAAAAAUAUUUCAACAGAUUAAAAAUGUAAAAAUAAUAGAUGUGUUGCAGUAUAUGGUAAUGGGUUUUUACUGAACAAACAAUACAUAUUAAAAUAAAAGCUUUCAAGAA